AUGAGCGAACCCACUGAUGCUGAUCGUGUAUGGUUACUUUAUUUAUUCAUGAUUCGAGCAAAGCGCCUUGCAAAGUUGCAGGCAGGAUCUACGUCUAAUUCACCAACUCCUUCACCUGCCUCUCCCGGGCCUUCAACCACCAUAGCCCAGCUUCCCCAACCAAAACCAAAACCUCCUUUUAUUCCACCUCAAUCAACAACCCCGCCCCCUCAACGCAAUGUUUCUGUGAAGAGGAAGCCCACCGCACCUGCUCCCAAAAUUGAUUAUCAGACAUGGGAGAACGACACAAUAUCUACAGUCCUCAAGGUUACACUUAGUAAAUCAACUGCAGAGGCAAACGAGUAUGAUCUCGUGUGGCUCAAGCAUCUUCAGGUUGAGCUCGAGUCUGAGGGUCACCCUCAUAUGACUCUUACGAACGAUAUCGUGGAUCGACUCCUCAUCACUCGCCUCGAGCUUAAUGCGCAGGCCAUGUCCGACGACCUCGAAUAUGUCUCAGUGCUCGCCUCUCUCCCUCCUCAGUCCGUUUUCGAGUACCUUGUAGGCUGCUGGAAGCGUAUCAACACUGCCAGAUCAAUUUUACUCAAGAAGAACCCCGUCUCUGAAACCCAGCAAGCCACCGCACUCCUGAAUCAGCUCAGAGACCUCAUUAUCAGUUACAUAGGCCUUAACCUGCAGGAUCCGGAGAUGUUUCCACAACCCGCUGAUCGUCCACUAUCAACUCUUGGGUCACGCGAGCUACUCUCACCCUUGCUCUCCCUCUCUGCCCUAUCUACGCCUCUGUACGCAUCUACAAGCCACGUUCAGCUAUUCUUGCAGGACCUUGUCGUUCGCUUCGCAGACCCAGAUGAACUUUUAACCACGCUAAGCACCCUCGUCCACACUCUCGUCGCGCACACCCUUACCAUACCAUCGGAGGGCAUUGGUGGAAGCGGUGGGGACUCCGCAUGGCGUGGUGUCAUAGGAGGCAUGGAAGCCCUCGUCGGAGUAAAGCCCAUCGCAGAGAUGAUCACGAGAAUGCCGCAAUGGCUCGGCGAGGGUUUCGGGGUGGAAGUGACGGCUGCAAACUUUGAGAGGCUGUCUCUUAUGAGCCCGCUGCUUAGGCUGGGGACGUUCAGUCGGGAGUGGCCAGGUAUUGCGCAAAUAUACUUUAGCGACCCGACGAAACGCAGUCGUGCGGAUGUGGACUCGUCGAAUGCAAGUUUGAGAGGGACGUUGAAGAGUUUGCAGUCCUCCCUCUUUCAAAUAUUUAACACCCUCGUGCGCACAUCUCCCGAAGCGCGUGAGCGGGUAUUAGAAUACUUUGCGACAGUAGUGCGUCUCAACGUAAAACGCGCAGGAAUGCAGGUUGAGCCUGAUACCGUCGCGUCGGACAGCUUCAUGGUCAAUCUACAGAGCGUGUUGCUGAGAUUCGCGGAGCCCUUUAUGGACGCGAGAUAUACAAAGAUGAACCGCAUAGAUCCCUAUUAUUUUUCAGUAUCUACCCGAAUCGAUCUAAAGGAGGAGACGAGGAUCAAAGCGACAAGCGAUGAAGCUGCGCAAUGGGUCGAGGAGAGCAAGUCGAAGGCCGCAACGCUCAACUUCAUCUCCGACAUUUUCUAUCUCUGCAAUGCACUGGGACACUAUGGAUACAUACGCACGAUACAGGUGUACGAAGACUUGGGGAAGACACUUGAUGAUUACCAAAGGCACCAUGAUAUGAUUGCUGGGGAUGGGUCGUGGAUGGGGACACCUCAACAAGCGCACGUGCAAGCCACCAUCGAGAACGUCAAGAAUGAAAUGUCAAAGAUCCAAUCUCAACAACUUGCGUACCGUGUCCAGUUGCUUGAUCCUGAGCUCGUGUUCCGGUAUGUAGGGUUCACGAGCUUUGCGUCGACUUGGUUGAUCCGGAGCGUCGAUCCGCGGGGGACGCAUCCGAAUCCCGUCGUUGAAUUGCCCCUUUCGAAGGACGUUCCGAUGACAUUCCGAGUCCUUCCGGAGUUUAUUAUUGAGGAUGUGGUAGAGUUCUUUUUGUUUGUCGUGCGGCACUCGCCAGAGAGUCUUGACUUGUCUGGGAAGGACGAGCUUGUGAUCUUUGCGCUGACGUUCCUUACUUCGACAUGGUACAUCAAGAACCCUUUCUUGAAAGCUAAGAUCAACGAGGCGGUAUUUUAUGGUGUGUUGCCGUACGCAAAUGACAGACACGGGAUUUUGGGACACACGCUGAACACGCAUCCCGUCGCGCUCAAGAACUUGAUACCGGCAUUGACUCAUUUCUAUAUCGAAUCUGAGGACAUCGAUAUCUCAGACGCGAGGAGGAAUAUCGCUUACAUUCUGAAAGCGGUUUGGGAUAAUCCUGUUCACAGAGAUGCCUUGAAUAAGGAAGCUCAGAAUGUCGACAAAUUUAUCCGGUUCAUCAACCUCAUGAUCAACGACGUUACCUAUCUCAUGGAUGAGUCUCUCAGCGAGCUCACGCAGAUCCACAACAUCCAGACAGAGAUGCGCGAUCAAACCGCUUGGAACGCUCGUCCUCAGCAGUACCGACGUGAACGCGAAGGUGCGCUCCGCGGCCUCGAGCGACAUGCAUCUGGGUAUACCACGCUGGGCAGGUCCACCGUCGGUCUCUUGAAGGAUUUCACAGCAGAAACUAAGGGGCCAUUCAUGAUGCCCGAAAUCGUGGACAAACUCGCGGCUAUGCUGGAUUACAACCUCGAUGCGCUCGUUGGGCCCAAGUGCGGCGAGCUGAGGGUGCAAGACCCAGAGAAAUACAAGUUCAAUCCCCGUCAGCUCCUGAGCGAUAUUCUGCAAGUGUACAUCAACCUCAGUGAUCAAGAAGAGUUUGUGAGAGCUGUUGCAAAUGACGGAAGGAGUUAUAGGAAGGAGCUGUUUGAGGCGGCGAUGGAGACUGCUAGACGGGUGCCGUUGAAAACCGAGACUGAGAUUGGGGUUGUGAGGUCUUUUGUGUCCAAGGUGGAGGAGAUGAAAACUACGAUUGAGGCGGAGGAAGAUUUGGGUGAGAUACCGGAUGAGUUUUUAGACCCUCUCAUGGCCACGAUCAUGCGUGAUCCAGUCACGCUUCCAUCUUCUCGCGUCGUCAUAGACCGCUCGACUAUUCGGUCUCAUCUGCUCUCUGACUCCAAAGAUCCUUUCAACCGGGUGCCGUUGGUGGUAGAGGAUGUUAUCCCCAAUGUGGAACUUAAAGCACAGAUCGACGCGUUUAUAGCCGAGAGAAAGAACAAGCGGUCAACAAUAGAAGAGGGGAUUGUGAAGAUGGAUGUUUCCGUAGAUUGA